AUGCUGUGGCGUAGAAUGCUCUGCGUGUGCGUGUGCUUGUGCUUGGGCGAGUGGAGGCUGAUGCUGCAAGGCGACUCGGCUCCGGAGAAGGAGGACUGGGAUGGGAUGGCGACUGCCAAGAAGUCUGCUGAGCUCAGCAACUACCCGAAGCCUGGAGAGAGCCUCCAUGGCUUCACGCUCCAGCGAUCGCAGCACUUCAGCGAGCUGGAACUGUCCGCCCUGCAAUUCAAGCAUGACAAGACCGGCGCAGACUAUCUGCAUGUGGCAAGAGACGACCAGAAUAAUGCGUUCAAUAUUGGAUUCAAGACGAAUCCGCCCGACGCCACUGGAGUGCCUCACAUCCUCGAGCACACCACGCUCUGCGGGUCGGAGAAGUACCCUGUUCGCGAUCCUUUCUUCAAGAUGAUGCCGCGCUCUCUCCAAAAUUUCAUGAACGCCUUUACUUCUUCAGAUCACACCUACUACCCUUUCGCCACCACCAAUGCCCAGGACUUCAAGAAUUUGAUGGGAGUCUAUGUCGACGCGACUCUCCAUCCUUUGCUCAAGAGGUCGGACUUUGCACAAGAAGGAUGGCGGAUAGGACCGGAGAAUCCUGCAGCACCUGCGAAAGAUGAGAAUGGCAGUGAUCUGGUGUUCAAGGGCGUGGUCUACAACGAGAUGAAGGGCCAGCUUUCAGACGCAUCGUAUCUUUUCUACGUGCGAUACCUGCGCCACAUCAACCCAGACAUCAACAAUAGUGGUGGUGAUCCUCGUGAAAUGACCAACCUCACUUACGAGCAGCUGAAGAAGUUCCACGCCGAGCACUACCACCCAAGCAACAGCAAGAUCUUCACCUAUGGCGACCAGCCAGUCGAGAGCCAUCUUCGAUUCUUGGGAGAGCAACUAUCGAAAUUCGAGAAGAGAGAGGUCGACCAAGAUCUGAAGAACCCAAUCACGAUCAAUGGACCGAUGUACGUCACCGAGCAAGGUCCUGUAGAUCCUCUCACGCCUCCAAAUGCCCAGUACAAGACGUCGACCACUUGGGUGACGGUCGAUACCAGCGAUAUUGUGGAAACGUUUGCGUUCCAGGCUGCGCUGAAUAUCCUGAUGGAUGGCUAUGGCUCGCCGCUGUUCGAAGCACUAAUUCAAUCCGGCUUGGGCAACAACUUCUCGCCAAACACGGGAGCUGAUACACAAGGCACGAAGAUCGUCUUCUCCGUCGGCUUAGACGGCGUCAAGCAGGAGAAUGUACCCAAGGUAAGGGAGGCCAUCUUCACAACGAUAAAGGAACAGGUUGCAAAGGGCCUGGAAAAACACAAAGUCGAUGCACUUCUGCACCAGAUGGAACUUGGCUUGAAGCAUAAGACAGCACGAUUCGGCCUCGGUGUGGUUCAGCGUCUUGCUACGACAUGGUUCAACGGCAGAGAUCCUUUCGAAUCGAUGGCCUACAAUGCGCUGGUCGAUGCGUUCAAGGUCAAAUACGCACAGCCCGGAUACCUCGAGGGAUUGCUCGAGAAAUAUCUCUUGACUGAUAACACACUGACGUUCACCAUGGAGCCAAGCACUAGCUAUGCAGAUGAUGUCGCCGCUGAGGAAGCCAACAGGUUGAAAGAGAAGAUUGCAGAGGCGGUGAAGAGCUAUCCCAGCGCGCAGGAAGCGUACAAGCAGCUGCGAGAACGAGAGCUUGAACUAGUGAAAGAGCAAGACGAUGGACGCAACCAGCCUCUGGAUUCCUUACCAACCCUCCAUGCUUCCGACAUCUCCAGACGAGCCAAGCCAGUCGACACGAGAGAAAGCACAGUCGACAACGUUAAAAUCCAGUGGGUGAACAAGCCUACGAAUGGUCUCACAUACUUCCGCGCACUGUCUUUGUUUGAAGACCUGCCUGACGAGCUUCGCAUGUUGGUGCCACUCUUCUGCGAUACUCUCAUGCGCAUUGGCACAAAGAACAAGACCAUGGGCGAGAUUGAAGACGAGAUCAAGGCCAAGACUGGCGGCAUCAGCUUCGGUACGCAUGUCACGACUUCUCCGUACGACACGCAGGCAUACGAGCAAGGACUUGGUCUGACUGGCUUCGCCUUUGAUCGCAACAUUCCUGCCAUGUUCGAGCUUCUACAGACAGUUCUAUUAGAGACAGACUUCGAUUCGCCAAACGCACACAAGAUGAUUAGACAAUUGUUGCAGACAGACGCAAGUGGUGCGGUCGAUGGAGUGGCUUCCAGCGGACACAGAUACGCAAUGAAGUACUCCACUUCAGCCCUCAGCACCAAGAGCUUUAUCGACGAGCAAUUCGGCGGCCUUACACAGGUGAAGCUGAUCACGCAACUCGCGGCGGCUGAGGAGAAGCCAGAAGAGAUGCAGCAACUCAUCAACAAGCUCAAGACCAUCCAGGCCUUAGCAGUCACCAACGUACAAAACGGCGGUCUACGAGUCGCACUCACCUGCGGCACAGAUGCUGCAUCAAGCAACGAAGCAGCGCUGCAGUCAUUCAUCAACACAGUCUCCGCCUCUUCCAUCUCAACCCCAUCUUCGAGUCUCCUCUCAGGCUCAAUCACUACAACCCCACCACAACGAUCGCGCAAAACCCUCUUCGACCUCCCAUACCAAGUCUCCUACUCCGCCCUCGCCGUUCCCACAGGCCCCUUCACCGCCCAAUGGACAGCUCCCAUCUCCAUUCUCGCCCAACUCCUCACACACAAACAUCUCCACCACGAAAUUCGAGAAAAAGGCGGUGCCUACGGCGGAGGCGCCCUCUCCCGCGGCCUUGAAGGAAGUUUCCUCAUGUACUCCUACCGCGAUCCCAAUCCCGACAACACCCUCAACAUCUACAACGAGACAAUGAGAUGGGCCGCCGAGAAAGAGUGGACGGAGAGAGAUCUCGAAGAAGCCAAAUUGUCCGUCUUCCAAGCACUAGACGCACCUCAAAGUAUCAAUGAAGAAGGCUUGAGUCAAUUCCUGCAAGGCAUUACCCAAGAUCUCGAUCAGCAAAGGAGAGAGUGGCUGCUUGAUACUACCGUCGCGCAAGUCAAGGAUGCGGCGGAGAGUUUGGCGGAGAAGGUGCGGCAUGAGAGUUAUACCACUAUCUUGGGCAAAAAGGAGGGUAAGAAGUUCGUUGAGGAGGAGGUGGGGUGGGAAAUUCAGCAUAUGGGUCUUGUGCCCGUCGAGGCAUGAUGAUUUUCUGCUCUGAAACAAAAAGCAUUUGUGGAAAUACAUGUAUAGUAUGGUAUAGAAUAGUGAAGUCGUUACCAGAUUCUUUGC